CCACAAGUCUUUGAAUUGGGGCACAAAGCCAAUGUGCCAAUCGAAUAUCCCCCUUCCAUUCCAGGGAAGAUUCCUGUAUGCAACUAAAUUCGCAUCCUUUCUCAGGAAGAUUCGUGUGCCCAUGUGAAUUCGCACGUUUUCCCCACCAUAUUUAACGAUUUGCCAUUCUUUUUUCCCUCAAGAACGCCUUCGCGGACUCCUCGAAGGUUCGAUUCGAACUUGAUCAAAUACGCGCGCUUGCGCUUGCGCUUGCGCGCGCACACACACACGUAAUCGUCUGUGUGUGUGUGUGUACAGAACCUCUGGUGCAUCGCCGCAUUACACCCUCAAGCAUAAAGCAGUAAUUUUUUACUUGCUGUCUUGAAUUGUGACCUCCAAGCUCUUGGUGGCAAUCAGUUGAAUCGACUGAUUGCCGUUAGCUUAUGAGUCCCCAGGGUACAUUGAACGGCAGUGCAGCCCUAGAUGGUGUGCAUGGAGUGCAUCUUGUGCCUCACUCGCCAUUUGCAUUAGAAGAGAUAAACCAACAUGGGGACAUUCAUCAGCCAAUGUGUGGAAAUUCUCUUUUUGGAGCUGGUCAGCGUCCGACAGUUCAGAGAGUAUGGGAGCAAAGACCUGCUUGUCUGAGGCCAGUUCAUUGUAGUCUGAAUGGUGAUAGGAGCAUUGCAGAAACAAUUGCUAAUGUGAUUACUUCACUUCCUUUUGUUGCUCUUGGACUCCAGGCUCCAAGGAAGAAUCUGAACUGCAAGCUCUAUGCUAAUUCAUUAAUUGGAGUUGGAGUUGCCUCAAGUUUGUACCAUGUUUCAAGAGGAAAACUGAGAAGGUAUCUGAGAUGGGCUGAUUAUACUAUGAUAGCCACAGCAACAGUGUGUCUGUCAAGAGCCCUGAGUAAUGAGAACCCAAAGUUGCUGAUGGCUGCAUCUGCAGUGUUUCUCCCAGUGCAGCCGCUCAUGGUUUCAGCUGUCCACACUGGGUUGAUGGAGGUAGCCUUUGCAAAAAGAGCAUUGCAAGAUCCAGAGCUGAGGAUGGCUCACAAUUUGCACAAGAUGUCGUCGCUUUUAGGAGGCGCCCUUUUCAUUGCCGACGACGUCUUCCCGGAAACUCCAUACCUUCAUGCUGCUUGGCAUCUCGCUGCAGCUGUAGGUGUUAGUACUUGUAACGAGCUUCUCAGGUAGUGUAGAUAUCUCAAAUCCCAUUCUUUAUAUUGAAUUUACCCUUGUUCCCGGGAUUUGUUACAAGACCCGGAUAAACUUGUGGCAAUGUCCGUUGCCAUCUCAUAUAUCGAGCAAUAUGAAACCAAUUGACGUGUUGUUUUCUA